UGCGAACUGGACUCAUUGCAACCUCCGCCUCUCGGGCUCAAGCGAUUGUCGUGCCUCAGCCUCCCUAGUAACUGGGACUACAGUCGACCCCCACCACUGGCUAUUUUACCUACUUUACCUAUUUUUGGCUAUUUUACCUAUUUUUAUUAGAGACGGAGUUUCGCCUUGUUGGCCAGGCUGGUCUCGAACUCCUGACCUAAGAUGAUCCGCCCGCCUUGGCCUCCCAAAGUGCUGGGACUACAGGCGUGAGCCACCGCGCCGGGCCUUGCCCUCCUAUUUUGGUACCGUCAGAUGCAAAGUGUCUGGGACAGAAGUGGGGCUCCGCUGGCACCCAGCUCCAAAACCCAGGCAGCGUGGAAAAGACUAGACAGGGAAGGGGUCAGCCCUCAGAAUUACACGCGGUUUGCCUUACCAGACUACCACCACUGGCACAACCUCAGACCCACACCCAACCGACUUCACCUCCCUCGCCCUGAUUAAUCUCGACCCGGAAGUACCGCCCACCCAUGCUCACUUCCGCUAUCCCGUACUUCUGCUCAUCUCGCGAGAACUGAAAGCGCCUAUGUGACCCGCGCUAAGCGGAAGUUGGCCCUCUUUUUCGUGGCGCCUCGGAGGCGUUCAGCUGCUUCAAGAUGAAGCUGAACAUCUCCUUCCCAGCCACUGGCUGCCAGAAACUCAUUGAAGUGGACGAUGAACGCAAACUUCGUACUUUUUAUGAGAAGCGUAUGGCCACAGAAGUUGCUGCUGACGCUCUGGGUGAAGAAUGGAAGGGUUAUGUGGUCCGAAUCAGUGGUGGGAACGACAAACAAGGUUUCCCCAUGAAGCAGGGUGUCUUGACCCAUGGCCGUGUCCGCCUGCUACUGAGUAAGGGGCAUUCCUGUUACAGACCAAGGAGAACUGGAGAAAGAAAGAGAAAAUCAGUUCGUGGUUGCAUUGUGGAUGCAAAUCUGAGCGUUCUCAACUUGGUUAUUGUAAAAAAAGGAGAGAAGGAUAUUCCUGGACUGACUGAUACUACAGUGCCUCGCCGCCUGGGCCCCAAAAGAGCUAGCAGAAUCCGCAAACUUUUCAAUCUCUCUAAAGAAGAUGAUGUCCGCCAAUAUGUUGUAAGAAAGCCCUUAAAUAAAGAAGGUAAGAAACCUAGGACCAAAGCACCCAAGAUUCAGCGUCUUGUUACUCCACGUGUCCUGCAGCACAAACGGCGGCGUAUUGCUCUGAAGAAGCAGCGUACUAAGAAAAAUAAAGAAGAGGCUGCAGAAUAUGCUAAACUUUUGGCCAAGAGAAUGAAGGAGGCUAAGGAGAAGCGCCAGGAACAAAUUGCGAAGAGACGCAGACUUUCCUCUCUGCGAGCUUCUACUUCUAAGUCUGAAUCCAGUCAGAAAUAAGAUUUUUUGAGUAACAAAUAAAUAAGAUCAGACUCGGA